GAAAAAGGCAGAGGGUAGUGCUGAAAACGAACAAUACCAAUUUGGUCUCAUUUUUUUUUUUAAGUAUAGCUGGUAGUGUGAUAACAUAUUGGUGGCAGGUGGUUGUAAGCGCAGUCGCACUCCAUAUAUUGAUGGAUAAGGAAAGCAGUAGAAACCUAAGCUGUAUAUUUUCAAUAGCACUAGGUCCAUGAACCAUUGGCUUCAAGCGCUCCAAGGGUUAAUACCAGUGCUAUGACGUCACGCACUUCCCUCGUGGAACUGUUCCGAGUUCGAGAACGAGGAAGGAGGCCAAAGCGGUUGAGUAAGCGAGGUAUCUUGGGGCCCGAGGCUGCUGCGCUACUGUUGAUAAUCGGUGACCAUGGAACCCAUAAAGCAGGAGCUGCAGGCCGGCUCCUGGAUUCAGGUCUUGGUGGACAAUGUCAUAAAUGAUACGCUUGUGGUGACUCUGAGCUACGCGGACCGAAAGUACAGUGGCAUCCUGAUCGACUGCAGCAAGAAGUCUGGUUUAUUUUGUCUUCCAUCCAAUGAACUGUCCACAAAGAAGUGCCCUUACCAAGUUGAUGGAGACCAGGAACUUGUUCCUCAAUCUGAACUGCAGUUUUUACAAGAUAACCCUUCCAAGCAAGCGGAACAUGAACAAUUUUCUCCCAUUUCGCCUUCACCAGGAGCUACAUCUAUUUACCCACCAUAUUUUGAGGGUGCUCCUUUUCCCCAUCCUUUGUGGUUAAGACAUGCAUACAAUCAGUGGAUUCCUCAGCCUCCUCUAAGGACCGUUAAAACACCAAGAAGACGACUUUCUCGCAAUAGGGAUUCUGGUAAGCUUAUAAUGAGUUCCAUUAGGUUGCGACCAAGACAAGUGCUGUGUGAACGGUGCAAAGCCACAUUGAGCUCAAAUGAGGAUAACAAAGAUGAACACAACACCUCACCACCAAAUAAGACUACUGACACCCAAGACAAAGAUCAGCAAAGGUCUGAUGAACUUGAGACUGCAGACAAAAUGUCAAAAACAGAAAGUAAGGAAGACUGCCGAUCUUCAGAUGAUUCAGUUCACAGGAGUCCCAUCAUUAAAAUCUCAUAUAGUACCCCACAGGGAAGAGGUGAGGUCAUAGAAAUUCCUUCCAGGGUUCAUGGUUCUCAGAAGCCCAUUUGCUCAAGACAGUUAAUGCAGAAUGACUUUGGGGACAAUGAGAAGAACAGAGAUGUCCUUACUUUUCGGGAAGUUAAAGAUUUUGCAGGGGGCUCGGCAUCUAGUCCAGUUAACUACAUUCCAAAACUGAAACUGGUGAGGCCAGUGCAUUCCAGUAAUGAUGCCCCUCCUCCAAAAAUUAGGCUAAAGCCUCAUCAGAUGAGAGAUGGAGAACGCCUUUCAAUUUACCGGGCAGAAAUUGUCGAGGAUGUAAACUGUAGUGGUCACCCUCGGAAUAUGCCAAAUCGUUCUACAAUGCAUUCUGAAGAAUCAACAGACAGAAGUUCAGCUGACAUAUCUUCAGGGAGCUCGGAAGAGGAGGAAGACUUUAAGAUGCAUUGUAAAACCAAAGGGCGUCAUAAUAAUUUAACUUUGCUUCUGGAUUAUAAGAGAAGGAAAGCGGACUCUUCAACUUUCUCUGUGUGUAGUAGUGACAGUCUAGAUGAAUCUAAGUCGUCAUCUAGUUCGGAUGCUUUAUCUUUGGAAGUGUGUGAUCUCACACCAGGCGAUGACUUCUCAGUUUCCUCUUCCCUUGAUGAGAAUAAAUCUGUGCCACCAUUAACAGUUAGACUAAAUGCCAGAAGUGUUAAAAAGUGUGUCACUGAUGAAGGUAAAACUGUUUCUGUUGGGGAUGUUGUUUGGGGCAAGAUUCACGGGUGCCCAUGGUGGCCUGCACGUAUUCUCAAUAUAAGCAUUAGCAAAAGGGGAUAUGGAAAUCCUUCAUGGAAAGAAGCCAAGGUGGAAUGGUUUGGGUCACCGACUACAUCUGUGUUAUCAGUUUCUAAACUUUCACCUUUUUCAGAGUACUUUAAAUUGAGAUUUAACAGGAAGAAGAAAGGAGUGUAUCGUAAAGCAGUUGCUGAAGCUGCUAAAGCCACUGCGUAUUUGAACCCUGAAAUUGGAAUUCUUUUAAGUCGGCUAGAAACCUAGAUCAUCUACUGUAAAAGGGUGGCUUUUCAUCUACUGGCAGAGGAGGUUGAAUGAUGCAGCAUGAGGACGUAUGGCUUAGCCCAGAGUUAGGAGGAACAUGAGAGAGCAGCAGGAGGCUGGUAACCCAUGGGUGCGUAUUCAGACCUGGGUGAUUUUAGUGAGCCCCAGAUGAUGUGCUAGCCUGAGACCGACUUGACUUGUAGUGCUGAAUAGAUGCUUGAAAAAGGAUGUAACUGAAUGAUGGCUGUAGCCACUACCAUAGCUGAAGUAUUCUUGCUUGGGUCGCAGUGUGGACUGCAUCAGUGACAGGAGUAACAACUUUAGCAGCUACUGCUAUUUUUACUAGUUUUAAUAAACUUGUAAUGAAAAGAAAAUUACUCCUUUAUACAAAAUUUUCUUGAUGCCACAAUCAAAUGGCCUCACCUUUGCAUUUCUUACAUCCUCUGUAGCAAAUGUCAAUAAACAUCAUUUCUGGUAUCAGUCA